CUUCAUGCUCUUAGACGCUCGGACAGCCUGCUGCUGGCCUCUCGGUACACCCUGCCCCCCUGCCCUCCGCCGCUUUCAUUUUUUAUUUUUUUGCUGUAUGGCAUUUUGUGUUUGGAGGAACCGGAGACUGGAGGACAUUUCUGUUCAUUCAUUCCUCAUCAGCAACAAUGGCAGCGCAGGAUUUUAAUUUCUUGCUCGCUACGGAUUCCUACAAGAUUACACACUACAAACAAUACCCUCCCAAUGUCAGCAAAGUUUACUCCUACUUCGAGUGCCGGCGGAAGAUCGGCUCCCAGUUCAAUGAGGUGGUGUUCUUUGGUCUGCAGUAUCUGCUGAAGAAGUAUCUCACAGGCCCGGUCGUCACUGAAGACAAGAUUCAGGAGGCCAAGCUCUUCUACCAGAUGCAUUUCAAACAGGCUGUGUUUGAUGAAGAGGGUUGGAGAAAAAUCUUAGAGAAACACGACGGUCGUCUUCCCAUUCGGAUUAAAGCUUUCCCAGAAGGGAAGAUCAUACCACGGGGAAAUGUACUGUUCACUGUGGAAAACACAGAUCCAGACUUCUACUGGCUCACCAACUACAUUGAGACCAUGCUGGUCCAGAUGUGGUAUCCCAUCACAGUAGCUACGAUAUCCAGAGAGUUCAAGAAGAUCCUGGCCAAACAUCUCAAAGCCACCUCUGGGAGCCUGGAGGGCCUGGACCUGAAACUGCAUGACUUUGGCUACAGAGGAGUCUCAUCUCAGGAGUCGGCCGCAUUGGGUGGAGCCGCUCACCUGGUGAACUUCUGCAGUACAGACACCAUAGCUGGAGUAUUGAUGGCUCAACGGUAUUAUGGCUGUCCAAUGGCUGGCUUCUCCAUUCCAGCAGCUGAACACAGUACCAUCAUAUCUUGGGGAAAGAACAAGGAGAAGGAAGCCUUUGAGAGCAUCCUUGACCAGUUCCUGUCGGGUCCGGUGUCGGUUGUUAGCGACAGCUACGACAUUUUUAACGCCUGUAAACACAUCUGGGGAGACAAGCUAAAGGAGCGAGUCAUGGAGCGCAGCGAAGACUCCUGCCUGGUGAUCCGACCAGAUUCUGGAGACCCAGCAGAGACCUUAAUUGAGGUUAUCAAGAUCUUAGGAGAUUGCUUUGGCUGUAGUCUGAACUCGGUGGGAUACAAAGUUCUACCAUCGUACCUGAGGAUCAUCCAGGGGGAUGGAAUCGACCUCAGCUCCAUGGAUCAGAUUCUUGCUAAACUAAGCGAUGAAGGCUGGAGUGCUGAGAACGUGCUGUUUGGCUGCGGCAGCUCCUUGCUUCAAAAGCUUAACAGAGAUACGCUUAGCUGUGCAUUCAAAUGCAGCUACGUAGAGACCAAUGGCAAAGGGAUGGAUGUGUGGAAGCAGCCAGUGACCGACCCUUCCAAGGGAUCUAAGAGGGGGCGAUUGUCUCUGAGGAGAAACUCAGACGGCUUCCUGGAGACGUUGGAGAGCGGCGCGGGCAAACCUGAGGAGGAUCUUCUGGUGACUGUUUUUGAGAAUGGCAGCCUGGUGCAGGACUACUCUCUGGAGGAGAUCAGGAAGAACGCUUUGCUUCGGGAUGAGGAGCUCAUUCCAAACCUGAACCACCAUGAACACGAGCUGCUGCACAACCACAUCAACGGCAGCAUCCAUUAGAGUGCCAGCGCCAUCGAUGGGCGCCACGGUACUCUACGCACCACGCUGCGUCGGGUCAUUCAGAAAUCACAGAUGAUAUCAUGACGUGUUGAUUAUUUCCUGCCAAGAACCACAAACGACCCACUGCUGCAACCUUCAUGUCUGAGAGCCAAACCCCCCCUCCAUGUACACCUGCUUCCCUCACAGCCAUAAAGUUCAGCCAUGUUUCCGCCGCAGCGUGAAGCUCAGGUUAAAUAUGAGUUAAAGUUCUUCUUCCUUAAAAACACAUUCUUUCCCUGAUGGACACCAGGAAAAGCUGAUGUUUGCCAUCACUGUGACGCUGACGCUCCAGGACGGAUUAUUACAGUUUGAGGGCUCCCCCUAGAGGAAGCUAGUGUAAUUGCAGAAGCCUGACAUGCAAAAUUUAAAUGCAUAGAAAACCCGUUUUAAGAUAUUUUUAAAGUGUUGAUAUUAACGUUGAAUUCUGUUGCACUGUAAAAUAAACAGGUCAACUUCAAAUAUUUUAAAGGUGGUAGUUUUGUGGUUUAAAAGGUUGGGCUUUCUUUAAUAUCAAUAUGUAAUUUAUUGCAGUUGAUUUUUCUUUAUUCAUUUGCUGAAAAGUUUAGUUUGGGAAGAAGGAAUAUGGAAAAAAAAAACAAAACCAAGCCAGAAAACGUGGGAACCACUGAUUCAGAG